AUGCUUAUCUCAUGGGGCAGCCGAAUCUUUGUCAUCGCGGCAUCGGUUCUCAUCGUCGCUGGUGCCGAUGACGACAAAUGGCUCAGUCCUGUUUACGAGAACUUUUACGAGUUCCCACUUCCCAUUCCUCCAGUCAAGCAACCGCUCAAGACAUUUACUCCCGCUCAAGGCCCACCAAUCGAUUAUUAUGAGGUUGAAAUCAAGCCAGUCGACAUUCAAAUAUACCCCAAGCUUAACAAGACUCGCCAUGUGGCUUACGACGGGUUGGUUCCAGGUCCGACCUUUCGAAUGACAAAGGGUCGAGAAGCUGUAGUGCGAUUCAUUAAUCAUGGCGAUCGGGCCAACAGUGUACAUUUGCACGGAUCGUAUUCGCGGGCACCAUUUGAUGGGUGGGCCGAGGAUAUCACUGAACUAGGUCAAUACAAGGACUACUAUUACCCCAACGCUCAAAGUGCGAGAACACUAUGGUAUCACGAUCAUGCCAUCGAUCAUACUGCGGAGAACGCAUAUUUCGGACAGGCAGGGUUCUACAUUCUACAUGAUGAGGAAGAACUGAACACACCAGGCCUUCCUCAAGGUGAUUAUGACAUUCCUCUGGCGUUAUCCGCCAAGCGCUAUAACCCUGAUGGAUCGCUUUGGGAUUCAGAGGUCAAUCGCGAGAUCGUCAGUCUAUACGGAGAUGUCUUCCACGUCAAUGGACAGCCAUGGCCAUACUUUGCAGUUGAACCACGCAAGUAUCGUUUCCGCUUUCUGGAUACGUCGCUCAGUCGAUCAUAUCAGUUAUACUUUGAAGACAAGUCUGGAAAGAGAGUCUCAUUCACCGUCGUUGGUUCCGACGCCGGGCUACUCAUGAAUCCAGUUCSAUCCACGCAGCUCGACAUUUCCAUGGCGGAGCGAUGGGAAGUUGUCUUUGACUUUGCUUCUUUCGCUGGACAGAACAUUACACUCAGAAAUAAUCGAGAUGUUGCUGCUGAUGAGGAUUACAGUGGCACGGACAAGGUCAUGCGAUUUGUUGUUGGCAACACGGCAAAGGACCCGAACAACAACCCCGCGUUGCCAUCAGUGCUUCGCAAUGUUCCAUUCCCACCUCCCAAGACAGGGUUAGAUCGUUCAUUCCGCUUUGAACGUAAAAAUGGAAAAUGGGCGAUCAACGGACACUUUUGGUCGGAUGGUCCCGAGGAACGUAUAUUGGCCAAACCUCCCCGCGGUGCAAUUGAAGUGUGGGAGCUACAGAACGGCGGAGGCGGAUGGUCUCAUCCGAUUCACAUCCACUUGGUCGACUUCCAGAUCAUCAGCCGCACAGGAGGUGCGCGAAACGCAGUACUUCCCUAUGAGAAAGUAGCAUUGAAAGAUGUCGUCUGGCUGAACACGGGCGAAACCGUUCGAGUCAUUGCCAGAUAUGCGCCAUGGGAUGGUUUGUACAUGUUCCACUGUCAUAACCUCAUCCACGAAGACCACGAAAUGAUGGCAGCCUUCAACGUCACCGUACUCGCCGAUCUGGGCUACACCGAACAGACCCGCUUCAUCGAUCCCAUGGAUCCUCAAUACAGAGCUGUGGGCUUCAGUCCUCAGGACCUCCAACAGAGGACCGGCGAUUUUUCGGAUGCGGCGAUUUUGGCAAAGUGCAAGAAAUUUAGWGAUUUGGAAGCUUAUGUCAAUGUCGAAGAGACGGAGAAGGCGCUUGAGUCGUAUUGGGCGACUCGUGGUUCUUCUCAGGCUUCGACGUUCACUACGAAGACGAGCACGGCCAAGACGAGUUCUACUGUCARGGCGACUUCUACUACCAAAAGUUCCUCUACUACGAGGGCAUCUUCGACCACCAAGGCAGCUUCUACCACGCGAGCAACUUCUACUACGACCAAGAGAUGA